GCCCUGGCCGCUAACGCCUAGGGUUGGGGUGCAGGGGCUCCAGAAGCAGGCAGGGAAGGGGGUGGUCGAUCACUUCCCAGCCAGUAGUCACCAUGCCCAUUUCUCCGGUAGAAAGUCGCAAGCAGCCGAGCCUCGCAUUGAAUGUUGGCUCGCAGCCAAAGAAGUCUAUUAGCUUUACUGGCUCGGUAAAAAGAAAUCAAUCGAAAGGGUAUCCUGGUGCAAACCAAAGCAGAAUGGGUACAUCAAGAAUCUUGACAAUUCUACCAGAGACAAAAGUAGAAAAAAUUAAUAUUUCUGCCACAAAGAUAGUCUCACAGGUGUUUGAUGCACAUGGAGUUGAUGUUACUCCUAGACCUCUUUACCAUCCAGAUCCACAUCUUGUUUCAGGAAAGCCAAAUAAACUAUUGACAUCACAAGAAGGAUCAUUUGUAUCAGAAUUCGUAGGUUCACAUACCCUUUACCAAAAUACACUAAAUCCUAGUGCCUUAGGGCUGUUUACAAGGUCAGUUUUUGGAAGCAGUACAGUUUCUAAGUCAAGUGCAUCAACUACUGAAUCAAUAGCAGAAGACCUAGAAGAACCAUCCUAUAAACGGGAAGGAUUGACUAGUUUUACAGAUUUACGAGUUAUGAGGAAAACAACUGGAAAAAUUGUAACAAAAGAAGACCUGGAGAAGAUUGUAGAAAUAAUACUCACAGAGACAGAAACACUGAGACUUUUUAACCUACCAACAGUCGUGAUUUCUGUAGAAGCUGAAGAAGCUACAAAAGUAAUCCAGAGGAACAAGGAUUAUGAGAACCUUUGUAGAAAUAGAUUAGGCAAUGAUUUAUAUGUUGAAAGAAUGAUGCAGACUAUUAAUGGAGCACCAAAGAAUAAAGAUGUCCAAUGUGACAGAAUUAUUAAAGAAGACAAAGGCAUAAUGUCUACUGCUUGGGAUUUGUAUGAUUCUUAUAAUGCUUCAGAACUUUCAUCUGUACCAGUAAGAUACUCUACAGUUGAUUUAAGUACUAAAGCAAGCGCACCUCCUAAAGAUCAAGACCAAAGAGGGCCAGGAAGUACUACAGAAAAAAAUAGUGAAGCUAGUUCUAUAAUGGAAAUAGAAAAUGUAAUUCUGGCUAAAAUGCAUGAUGAUCAAGAAGACCACUCAGAUGCAAUAUUAAAAUCUGAAAAGUUUCAGCAGGACUUAUUUUUCAUGGAACGAGUUCUAAUGGAAAAUAUAUUUCAGCCCAAACUUGCAGCUUAUCGGCAGCUUCCUAUUUUGAAAGAACCAGAACCUGAAGAGCUUGAAGACUUUUCAGAAAGUGAAAAAACUGAAGAGAUAGAAGAAGAUUUUAAGAAGGAGGAAGAAGAAAUAGAAAUAAAUGAAGAACAAUCAAUAAUACCAGCCAAUUUGGAACGACUCUGGUCCUUUUCCUGUGACUUAACCAAAGGACUUAAUGUGAGCAGCCUUGCCUGGAAUAAAACAAAUCCAGACCUUUUGGCUGUUGGCUAUGGUCAUUUUGGAUUUAAAGAACAAAAAAAAGGAUUGGCUUGCUGCUGGUCAAUAAAGAAUCCCAUGUGGCCAGAACGUAUUUAUCAGAGUCCAUAUGGAGUUACUGCUGUGGACUUCUCAAUUGGAGCACCUAAUCUUCUAGCAGUUGGCUAUCACAAUGGCACCGUUGCAAUUUACAAUGUGCAGAGCAACAGCAAUGUUCCUGUCCUGGAUAGUAGCGAGUCCCCUCAGAAACACCUGGGGCCUGUGUGGCAGCUACAGUGGAUAGAACAGGACCGAGGGACAACAGGAGACGACAAGAGAGAAAUACUGGUUUCUAUAUCUGCAGACGGGAGAAUCUCCAAGUGGGUUAUACGGAAAGGACUGUACUGCCAUGAUUUGAUGCGUUUGAAGCGAACUACUUUUGGCAGCAACAAAAGAGGAGGGGAAAAGGAAAAGAAAGGUGAAGCUUUGAUAUCACGACAGGCUCCUGGAAUGUGUUUUGCUUUUCAUCCCAAGGACACAAAUAUCUAUUUGGCUGGCACUGAAGAAGGUCAUAUCCACAAGUGCUCUUGUUCAUACAAUGAACAAUACCUAGAUACCUACAGAGGACAUAAGGGUCCAGUGUAUAAAAUAGCAUGGAAUCCAUUUUGUCAUGAUGUAUUCUUAAGCUGUUCUGCCGACUGGGGUGUUAUUAUAUGGCAACAGGAAAAUCCCAAGCCAUUUUUGAGUUUUUAUCCAACUACUCAUGUUGUUUAUGAUGUUGCCUGGUCUCCAAAAUCAUCCUAUAUAUUUGCAGCUGCGAAUGAGAGCAGAGUGGAGAUUUGGGACCUUCGCACCAGCACUUUGGAUCCUCUAAUUGUGAAUGUUGCCAACCCUGGAAUCAAGUUCACAACUGUUCUCUUCGCUAAACAAACAGAUUGCCUUCUAGUGGGAGACAGUGAUGGACAGGUUGCUGUGUAUGAACUAAGAAAUAUACCCACUGCUUUGGAUUCUGGCCGGAGAGAUAUGAUAGAUACUUUGCUCGGACCCAGUUCAAACCAACCAGGAUAAUUCGUCAUUACCGAUACACCUUUUCUUGUUAUUGUUUUAAAAAAAGAAAGUGUUUAAUACCCAGUAGUCUGAUUUGGAUGUAAUGACCUGGAAUUUUGAUUUUAAAAACAAUGUUUAAUGUAUAGCCUCUGUUUAAAUUUAAUGUAAAUUUAAUUAACUUUUAUUUCAGAGAUCUGUGAUGAGUUUUUCUAAGCCAGUUUUAAGGGUAUUGUUGGUAUUAAUUUUUGAAUGGUACUUCUACU